CUUGAUACACGACAGUUACUCUCUUUUAACUUCCGUCGUUUCUUUUUUCAACUUUUGAGAUAUACGGGUUAUAUUCCAGGUCCUCUCUUUUGCGACAAAUAAAACGUGGAAACUUUUCGAAGUGGCCUCCAACCCUUUUCGAUUUUACCCUAAACGUUAUCAAUAUGGCUUACCAAAACCGCCCCGCGUCUUCCUUCCAGCCGUGUGACUCUUAUUUUGUGGAAUCAUUUGAACCAGAGUAUCCCGGCCCCAGGCUAGGUCCAAAGGAGCAUGCAAAAUUGAUCGCUCGUGAACGUCAAUUUGCGAUUGCUGAUGAGUUGUCAAAGCAAGUAAGCGAUGAAUACCAGGAUGAUAUUUUAGCACACAUGCUCGCGAUGGAUUCCUCGACUCUGCCGGAUGUUGAUUCGAUCGAUAUCCAGACCGAGAUCCAAUGGUUCAUGCGUCCCUAUCUCCUCGACUUCCUCAUAGAAGCACAUACUGCCUUUCAACUCCUGCCGUCGACCCUAUUUCUUACUGUGAACUUGUUAGAUCGGUAUUGUUCUAAACGUGUUGUUUACAAAAAACAUUAUCAGUUAGUUGGCUGUGCAGCCUUGCUCAUUGCGGCAAAGUAUGGCGAUAAGAAGGAUCGUGUCCCAACAGUUAAGGAGCUCAAAACUAUGUGCUGUUCUCAAUAUGACGACGACAUGUUUGUUCAAAUGGAAUGGCAUGUUCUCCAAACUCUAGGUUGGGCAAUAGGCCAUCCCACUGUUGACAGCUUCCUGCAGCUUGCAGUUGCGGACACUCCCUAUGACCCAGAGGUGGAACAUCUUUCUCUUUACAUUUUGGAAAUAUCCCUUUUCCAUAGGGAUUUUGUUUCGAAACUGUCGUCGGAUCUCGCUCGGGCUUCGCUGGCUCUCGCUCGAUGCGUUCUGAACCGUUCUCAACCCAGAAAUGGGGACUGGGCUUCUCAUUAUGAUUCUCUAACACUAGUGAACUUGUCUCAGCACUUGGUCCAGCCAUCGCAGGUUCUGUAUAGGAAAUAUUUGUCCGCACGUUAUUCACGGGUAUCGAGACUUCUGGAGCAAUUCCUUGCACACCAAGCCUCGAUACCUAAGGCCUACACUCCACCAACCCCCGCCGCGGAUACUCCUUCUGAACAGCUUAAACCGUACAAUGGAGAGAUUGGGCUUGCUACACCCCAAAAGCCCCAGUAUCCGUCGACAAUGCCCAAUGGAUACUUAACGCCGCCUAUCACUCCGGAAAACGAGGCCUUCGCUGGCGCCGGAAAUUCCAACAUUCCAAAAUCAGUCCCGAGUGUUACCCCAACGCCGCCCUCCAGUGCCCAAUUCCCGCAAGCUUAUCAUCGCCGUCCAGAUGAAAAUGCCUACAGCCAACAUGAGCACUUUGUUCAGCAGCCAUCAGCAGGGUACAAUGGAGUGUUUUGAAAGGCUCAGAUUUAGCUAACAGCGCAAAGCAACGCCUUCCCUGUUCCUUUCGCUUUCAGGUGCGAGGUGAUCCAGGCGCGGAAGCUUAUCAAGUUUCAACAAAUAAAUCAUACGUCAAACAACCUCGUCAUCCAUAAUAUCACGUUCGAUAAUAACCAUUAUAUUG